GUUCUCAAAGUAUUGACAACAAUCCAAACCCAUCAACAUGUUCAAAUUUGUCGUUGUUAUUUUCGCCAUCAUUGCCUGCGCCGCCGCCAAGCCUGGCUUGAUUGGUGCUCCUUUGGCUUAUACCGCUCCAGCUGCUGUUGUUGCUGCUGCCCCUGCACCAUUUGUCACUGCCACCAGCAGCCAAUAUGUUGCCCGUAACUACAAUGGCAUUGCCACCGCUCCAGUUGUUGCUCCCGUUGCCGCCCCUGUUGUAGCCAAGACUUUCGCUGCUCCCCUUGUUGCUAAGACUUUCGCUGCUCCAGUAGCCGCCGCUUACACUGCCCCCGUUGCUGCUGCCUACACCGCCCCUGUUGUUGCCAAAUACGCCGCCACCUAUGCUGCACCUUUCGCCUACUCUGCUCCCUUGACCUAUGCUGCUGCCCCAGCUCCAGUUUUGUUGUAAAAACUUUCGAGUCUGACCUAGUAACGAU